AUGCUUCGAUGCAGUCCCGCCAGCCGGCGGCUCCUCGCGGCUGCCCGCCCGCACGUCACCGCCCCCAAGCUCAGCCUAGGCCGCGACCAGCUGUACUCAACCAGCUCCAGUCGCCGUGAUGACGGGCCCGGCUUUACGCGGCGCACGCGCUUUCUGGCCCUCGGUGCGGCCGGCGGCGCCCUCAUCUGGUACGCUUCGCGAAGACGACGGGUCACGGUCGCCGAGCGCCACCACGACCGCAGCCGCCGCGACCACUCGCUGCCCGCCGUCCCCCCCGCUGUCGACGUGGACGGCCCGGUGGGCUCCCCCGUCAAGCCCGUGGCCUGGGCCGACAUCGCGGGCAUGAUUCGUGAGCAGGCGACGUCGUUUGUGUUUACGGGCCAUCAGGGCGCCGCCGGACGCAUCGACGCGGUGCGGUUUGAGAGCAACUGCCCGACAGAGGACUACUGGACCGUCGCCGUGGGAGAGGGCGUGGGCGGGGCAAAGACCAUCUAUGCCGGUGUCUACGACGGCCAUGCCGGCUGGGCAUGCUCUGCUGUGCUCCGUGAGAAGCUCAUCCCCUACGUGUCUGCCAUGCUGAGCCCCCUCGCGCCGUCCGCCGCUGGAGACGCCGUGGACGCGGCUAUCCAAAAGGCCUUUUGCCGCCUCGACGACCAAAUCAUGGCGGCCGGCCGGGAUGCCGUCGCCGACAGCAGCGAGCCUCUGACUGCCGCGGCCCUGUCCGCCCUCGCCCCCGCCAUUGCCGGCUCCUGCGCGCUGCUGACCCUGUACGACACGCAGACGUCGACGCUGCGCACCGCCGUCACCGGCGACUCGCGUGCCGUGCUGGGAUCCUGGUCCGCGGCGGCGCGCGCCUACGCCGCCACACCCCUCAGCGCCGACCAGACGGGCUUCAACGAGGACGAGGUGGCGCGCCUGGACCGGGCACACCCGGGCGAAAAGGACGCCAUCUUGGACCCGAAUUCGGGCCGCCUCAUGGGGCUCGCAGUGACGCGCGCGUUUGGCGACCACCGCUGGAAGUACCCGCAGGAACUCGUCACCCGCAUCGAGAAGCGCUUUGCGGGACACGCCCCGCGCAAGCAAAACGCCACGCCGCCGUACUUGACGGCCCGCCCCGAGGUGACGACUCGCAAAGUGAGCGGGGAAGACUUUGUCAUCCUGGCCUCGGACGGCCUGUGGGACGUCAUCUCCAACGACGACGCCGUCGCCUGCGUGUCGCAGUGGCUCACGAAGAAGAAGAAGGGGGCGGGCGGACGGCCCAGCGGAGAGGCCAAGGCGAAUUGGAGCUUCAAGGACGGCUGGCCGAGCUACAAGGCGACGCCAGAGUACUUUGCGAUGGACGACAUGGAUAAUGCGGCCGUCUGCCUGCUCAAGAAUGCGCUGGGCGGCACGCGUCGGAGCAUCGUGCUGGGGCUGGUGACGGCGCCGACGCCGACGAGCCGCAACGUAAUUUUCUUCAAGGAUCCCUAUCGAAAGUAG